AUGUCCUCUCGAGAAGAAGAGGAUCCAGCUUACGGGGAACCAUUUGUCUAUGCAUGCUGGGCACUUACAGGCCUUGUCUCAGCUGCCUUGAUCUUCAGAUACACCGUGAAAGCAUGGGCCGGCCGGGUUCUUCCCACUGUCAGCUCACCGACAAGAAUAUGGGGUGCCGAGGAUUUGUUAUUUGUGAUCGGAUAUGGCUUUGAUAUAGCCCAUAUGACCCUCAUUCAAAUAAGUCUUAAUUAUGGCUUGGGUCGACACAUUUGGUUCCUGACCGACGAGCAACGGAUUGGAGCCAUGAAAUAUGAUUUCCUCUCUCAGCCUUUAGCUGUUACCGCAUCCAUGUUUUCGCGCUGCGGGAUGACCUGGUUUCUCUAUACUUGUUUCAGCAGCCUGGACAGGCAGAUCCGGAUCGCGAUCAUCGUUGGAAUGGCCAUCCAGGUAGUCGCAAACUCGGUGACCGUCUUGCAGAUUGUGCUUCAAUGUGGGCCAAAUCCAUACUACGUGACAAACCGAGGGGCAUACUUCCACUACAUGUGGGACGGCGUCCCAACCGAUGGCUCAGUCGUCUGUCAGUCGCCAAAUGUCCAAACGACAGUCGGGUUUGUGCAAGGAGGCUUCAACGCCACCGUCGAUUUCUUCUUAACCAUCCUCUCCGCCAUGCAGCUAUGGCAGUUCAGCAUUCGCGCCGUCGACCACAGUCCGGAAGGCUCGAACUCAUUCCUUGCCCGGUUUAAGCGCAUGCCCCGGCAGGCUCGGAAACGGCGGAUAUGGCAAACUACUAUCCUUAGUGGGCCGUUAGCCUUGUCGGGGUGUGCCUCUAUUGUGAAGACUUAUUUGCUAAAAUCGCUCGGAGAGCGGAAUGAUUUUACACACAACAUAAUGAGUUUCGUCUUAUGGGUAAAAAUUGAAAACUACUGCAUCCUCCUCGCAACCUGUGGCCCCAUAGUCCGCCUGUUUGUGCGCGUCAUCUUCAACAACAAUAAGAAGAACCAUUCUACAGGAAAAUACGGCUAUUUCUCUAACAGCCGCAGGCGUCAAUACCCAUCCGACGGUCGUGGCGACGGCAGCGGUGGCGGAAUCGACAAAGACCCUCACAGUCAAGGGAGUUCCAAUACCCAAUCCCAAACACAGGGGUCUAUUCCUAUGUCCAUCCUAGGGGACAAGGGUAUAGCAGAAUAUGCGCUUGACUAUAGCCAUGUCCACGGUGACGGUAGACCUAGUACAGGACUGGCACGGCGCGGCACGACAGCCAGUACAACAACUACGAUUGGGGCUGUGAGGCCUAGAGCUAGUACGCCUCAUCCGAAGAUGGGGAGGAGUGAUGAUGAUAGGGGGUGCGAAGAAGGUCGUGGGAAGGGGGUUACGGUGAAGACAGAUAUUACGGUGCGGGUUGAUGAGGAUGGAACCUCAACAACGGGGUUGGUGCAUCCUAGGUACGAUAAUUAG